AUCAUACAAGUGUUGUCAUUUCUCACAGCAGCACUGACCAACCACCUGUCUCAGAAGAAUAAACAAACAACAUUCAUAUCUCACAGUGGAGAGAAUCAGCUCUGAUGUAGAUCGGAAGCUGUGAUCUAUCGGAUUUUAUCCGCUAAUUAACUGAUUUAUCAAAAAUUUGCUGAAAUGUUUUACUAUCCCACAGUUUUAAAGCGUCACACAGGAUGCUUUUCUACCAUCUGGCUGGCAGCUACGAAAGGCAUCAAGGUUCCCCGCCGGGAUUUCCUGAAAGUCAACGUUAGAAGCACCUGCGACGACAUCAUAAACUACGUGCUGGAGCGGGUCGCACCACCUCGUCCAGGUCUGCCCCGACCCCGAUUCUCCCUCUACCUGUCCUCCCAGCUUCAGUAUGGUGUCGUUGUGGUCUACCACCGGCAGUGUGCUAUUCUUCUGGAGGAACUUCAGUCCAUUGUGGGACAGCUGGUCAAACAGAGAACCUCACAGAAAAUUGAUAUGGAUGACCACAGCAGACCAUCUCUGGUCCUGCCAGAUGUCCUGACUCUGCUGGAGGAGACAGACGGAGCUCCUGACCCUUUAUUUGGAGUGAUGCAGCUGCAGGAUGCCAUGCCCAGCCCCAGUACACUAAUACAGAUGAGUUGUGAGUAUCUGAGAGAAGCUUCUCCUGAGCAUCCUGAACUGAUCAGUCCAGCUGCUGCACUGGAAAACGGUAUAACCGUGUCUCCAGAGGCCAUCACUCUGAGAGAGGCGGAGCCUGUUGGUAUCCCCGUUACAGAGUUUGAGGGUGCAGAGCUGGUUGAUGACCAUCCAGAUACUAUUGACUUCCUGCUGGCACAAACAGAUCACUUUCCAGAAGGAGAUUUGGAGAUACCGGGAGAAAAGGUGGCAGCAGGGGAACAAGAAAAAGAGGUGGAACGGGAGGAACGAGAGGGCGACCUGGAGAAACACGGAGCAAAGGAGCUCACAGGAUCCACUCUAGAGUUGCAGCCCACUACUCUUUCCAGUGAGGAGGCUAUUUUGUUGCCUCAGGAAGAGCCAGGCCUGCCCGCAGAGAAGCCCCCCUCAGACCAGCUCACCCCCGUCUCUGUGCCCGGCCUGCCUGCUCCGCCCUCUGCAGCAAAGGAACGUGAAAGGCGUCUAAGAAGUCUGGAGUUGGAGGAUGUGGCUUCACCAGAGAAGAAGAAGAGGAAGAGGAGAAGGAGGCAGCUGAUCUUCUUUGACCCGGUGACGCAGCUCUCCCAGGACGAUGUGCAGCGACAGAUCGACGACCCUUUGACCGAGACGAGGCGACCACUCCUCGCCCCGCUUUCCUUUCAAAGGAUCCUUCCUGCUGCUGAUCUCUUCAACAAGCCCUGCACCUGUCAGUAUCACAGCUGCUUAAAAUAGAGCGAAGCAUCCUCUCGUCACCCCAGAAACAUCUGUUUAAAUCUCACCCCCCUUUAUACCUUACUCAUUAGAUGGAAAUCAGGUAGAGCUGUGCACUGUUGGUUUUCUAGUAUGGCCAUGGACUAUGCUGCGAGCUCCU